AUGUCUUCAGAGGAACCAUGGAGUAGACUGUUAUGGAUCAAACAAAAAUACCCCGAUAAUUAUACCGAUCCAGAUUUCAUCCAAUUUAUGGAGAAGAUGAAACAGAAAAGGGAAGAUCCUUCACCAAUCGAUUAUGAUUUUGAUCAAAUACGAAAGGAUUCUCUCAAAUUCUAUAACAUCUUUUUAAAUUCAUCGUUUAUCUACAUUGCAUUUACCCUGAUAUAUUAUUACAAAACAGAUGCAAGGUAUAUAACUGGAGCAAUUACAUUAAUUACGAUGUUAGUUUCCACGCAUAAGAAUAAAGAACUGACAAGUUUAUUAAACUUGAAGUCCUCUUUUAUUAUUAUUUUCACAUUGCUUACAUUAUCACCCGUGUUAAGAUCAUUAUCAAUGACCACAGCCUCUGAUUCUAUAUGGACUGUAUCAUUCUGGAUCAAUGUUCUCUACAUUUUAACUUGCGCAACAUCAUCGUUAUCCCCAUCUCCACAUAAAGAGGAUAUCAAAAAACAAGAAUCAUCAAUAUUUUAUGAUAUUAAUGACCAUUCUAAUAACAAACCAUCAAAUUUGGCUACGAACCUAUUAUUGGCUAACGUUGCAAUAUUAGCGUCGAGAUUAAACACAACUACAGAUGUAUUCUGUUUUCUUUUAAUAGCCAUCCAAGUCAAUAUCAUAUUACCAAGAAUCAUUAAUAUAUCACAUAUAAAAGUGGCUACAACAUCUAGCAUGGUAGUAUACUUGUUUAUUGGGAUCUCAAUUGGUUAUCGCAUAACACUAAUCUUCCUUAUCACAUCUGUGUCUUAUAUUAUAUUUAUGCCUAAAUUAUUUCAUUAUUGGCAGGUUAAUUAUAGGAGACGUGAUUACGAAAUACUUGACUUAUGGGAUCCAAGAACUCCUGUAGUAGAUGUAGAAUAA